UGGUUUGUUUCAUUUGUACGCCUCCGAAAUCACAAGACCUGUGUGUCAGCUGAUCACACUGACUGGGGCCGCAUACUCGAUCGCCUUCUCGUCUUUUCCGCAGCUGCUGAAAUCGUGCAAUAAUUCGGGUGCGCAUCGACGUUCAAUCUACCUCUGUGAAAGUGCAAUAAACCGACGCCAAGAUGAGCAAUCUACCGACGGAUCCGAAACUCAAGGAGAUGAUGACCUCCUUGGACGAUGAUAAAAUCGAUAUGUUGGCCGCCACCAGCGUGCUCCAACAGAAAGCCACCGACGUUCGCGCACAGACUGUCAACUGGCAAUCCUACAUGCAAUCGCAGAUGAUCUCCCAGGAGGAUUACAACUUUAUCUGCAAUUUUGACACGACCGACAGUCAGAAGCGCGAGGAAUUGUUGAAAGCCAACCGACUGCAAUGCGCGAAAACUUUCCUGAAUCUGCUUGGUCAUAUCAGCAAGGAUCAGACUCUGCAAUAUAUUCUUGUGCUGGUGGAUGAUAUGAUCCAGGAGGAUAGGACACGCGUGGAGAUUUUCCAUGAAUACGCCGCGAAGACAAAGGAGAGCGUCUGGGGACCAUUCCUCAACUUGCUGAACCGCCCCGACGAGUUCAUUACCAACAUGACCUCGCGUAUUAUCGCGAAGAUCGCGUGUUGGGCGCAGAAUCAGAUGGAGCGCAGCGAUCUACACUUCUACCUCACCUGGUUGAAGGACCAGCUCAAAGUGCAGUACGAUGCGCUCAUGUCGAACGCGCGCCUUCGCGAUCCCAGCAAGGGCGAGCCCACCGAGACUUACAUGGAGGUGUCGUUCAGCAUCGACGAGCAGCGUGGCAGCGAGUUAUCGAACAAUGAGCACAUCCAGUCGGUGGCGCGUUGUCUUCAGAUGAUGCUGCGCAUUGACGAGUACCGCUUCGCGUUCGUCUCCGUUGAUGGCAUCUCGACGUUGCUCUCGGUGCUCACUGGACGCGUCAACUUCCAGGUGCAAUACCAACUCAUCUUCUGCAUCUGGGUGCUCACCUUCAACCCGCUGCUCGCCGAGAAGAUGAACAAAUUCAAUGUGAUUAUUAUCCUCGCUGAUAUCCUCAGCGAUUCUGUCAAGGAGAAGGUUACGCGUAUUAUUCUCGCCGUGUACCGCAACCUCAUCGAGAAGCCGGAGGACGCGCAGGUGGCCAAGGAGCACUGCAUUGCCAUGGUGCAAUGCAAGGUGUUGAAGCAGCUGGCGAUUUUCGAGCAGCGCAAGUACGAUGACGAGGAUAUCUCCGCCGAUGUGCAAUUCCUCACUGAGAAACUGCAGUCGUCCGUGCAAGAUCUCAGCUCGUUCGAUGAGUAUGCCACUGAAGUGAAGUCUGGUCGACUGGAGUGGUCGCCAGUGCACAAGAGCAAGUUCUGGCGCGAGAAUGCGCAGCGUCUGAAUGAGAAGAACUACGAACUUCUGCGCAUCCUUAUUCGUUACUUGGAGACCAGCCAAGAUCCGCUUGUGCUCAGCGUCGCUAGCUUCGAUAUCGGCGAAUACGUUCGUCAUUAUCCGCGUGGCAAACAUGUAAUCGAGCAGCUCGGCGGUAAGCAGUUGGUAAUGCAGUUGUUGGCCCACGAUGACCCUAACGUACGCUACGAAGCUCUCCUCGCUGUGCAGAAGUUGAUGGUUCACAACUGGGAGUACCUCGGCCGUCAGUUGGAAAAAGAGCAGGGCGAUGCAAAGCCCGGCAGCGCGGUGAUUUCGGGCCGCGCCUAAACUACUCGCUAUCGGUUUUAAUCAAUAUUCACCGCACUUUUAAUUCGUCUUAAUCUAAAUUUAAUGUACAUAUAAGAACAUUCCGAAGGUAGGUGCGCGACGCGCACGCAUUAUUUCGUCUCCAUGUACAUACACAAUAUUCAAUACACCGUAAACAAUAUGAUCACAAGGUUGGGUAUGUAUGACGAAUUCGAUGUACGACGAUAUUCAACAGAUGGUGAUGGCGUGGAGCAUGCAAAAUAAGUAUUUCGUGUUAGUGUGCUAUGAAGAUAGAUACGAUUAUUACAUGUAGAUAGCUAGCGUCGAUGCACCGAGCGUCGAUGCGAGUAUAUUCAUUGUUAUGUUGCGUUACACGUUCAAUAAAAAUAAUGUACAAGUGUUA